CUUGCUACACCUUCUUUGCAAAUUUGCAACUAGCUAUAGCCUGCGAGGUUUUGUGCACCAUGGGCAUGGCUGAGAAGGGGUCGGCGGCGAGGAAGGCCGGGCUGAUCACCAAGACGCUGGACCGGUGCCGGAGCACCACAGCGAGGAACAAACCAGCGGAGGGCUGCUUCUCGGUGUAUGUCGGCGCGGACAGACAACGGUACGUGGUGCGGACGGAGUGCCUGAACCACCCGUUGUUCCAGGCACUGCUGGAGGAGGCCGAGGAGGCAUUUGGGUACGCAGACGCAGGGCCCCUCGAGCUACCCUGCAACACCGAGGCAUUCGCCAAGGUGCUGGAGAAGAUCCAGAUGGAGAAGCAGAUGGCGGCGCCGAGGAGGCACGUCCUCCCUAGGGGGAACUCCUAUCGGUCGCUUGGCACUGGCUGGCCUAUGAUUGUCGGCCGGUCAUAACAUUUGUGUUUGGAUUGGGUGAUGUCGAGUUGAUGAGCUCUGAGUUUCUGUUGAGCUUGCAUCCUCAUACUAUCGUGUACACAGUUGGAAGCAGCCUUAAUUAGCUCCCAACUAUGGUACUGUAAACAGCAUCACCAUAUACUUGGCAAUGUUAAUAUUUUUCGUUCUUAUUC